GUACCAUUCAGUAAUCCUGAGGUAAAAUGGCGUCGGGUGCCAUUUCCACGGACUGCAAGAAAAUAUCAGAAUUAAGAGUUGUUGAUCUUAAAUCUGAGCUCAAGCGAAGGAAUUUGGACACUUCAGGUGUAAAGAGCGUUCUUCUCGCAAGACUGAGACAGGCGAUUGAGGAUGAAGGUGGCGACUCAGAAAACUUUCAGAGCCAGCCUCCAUGUGACGCGUCACCUCGGAAAGGCGGAAAAGCUAAAGGGAAAAGACCGGACUCGGAUCUGGACACGACAGCAGAGGAAGAUGCGUUCAACAAGGAAACUGAGGAGUAUGAAUCAGAGAAAGAUGUAACUGAUACAGAUGAUGGUACUCGUGAAAAUACUAAGCCUGCACCCUGUGAGGACGGCCCGGCUCAGCCCGAGGCUGAGGCCGAACCAGAGUCAGAAGCUGUGGCGGCUGAGGCUGAUUCAGAGCCUGAGCCCGAGGUCGAUGCCGAUGCUGAGCCGGAGGCGGAUGAGGACGCCGACCCAGGGAUGGAUGGAGAGGCUGAGCCAGAGGCAGAGACCGAUCUGGCUGAGAUGGAUGCUGAAGCCAUGAAUUCCUCUAAAGAGGCCGAGGAUGAUCACCUAUCCGUCUCUAUCCCAAACGAAGAUGCCAUCACCCUAGAUGUUGAUGGUGACGAUCUCCUGGAAACAGGUAAACAUGUGAAACUUCCAGAUCCAGAUGCCGAGAAGGGCACUGAUGAGCCGGAGGCCUCGGCUGAGACGGGCCCAGAUGAUGACAUGAAGGAGGAAGAGACAGAGGGCCACAAAGAUGGUAAGAAAGACGAUGGAUCCAGGUGUGAGCCCACGAAGAAAGACGGCAGAGAGUCCCUGAAGAAAGCUGAAACGGGAGAUAAAGAAAAGGAUUCUGGGAAGAAAGGCCCCUCCACUACUGGGGCGUCAGGUCAAGCAAAGAGCUCUUCAAGAGACCGAGAGGGGAAGGCUGCGAAGGAUGAGAAGGGAGUCGUCAGCAGCAGCAACAGCAGCUCGUCUCGUAACAUCUGGGUGAGCGGCCUGUCCUCAAACACCAAAGCAGCUGAUCUGAAGAACCUGUUCGGCAAAUAUGGAAAGGUUUUAAGCGCCAAAGUGGUAACGAACGCUCGGAGUCCUGGUUCGAAGUGUUAUGGUUUGGUGACGAUGUCCUCAAGUACAGAGGUGACUCGGUGCGUCUCCCACCUCGACUGCACAGAGCUGCACGGACAGCAGAUCUAUGUGGAGAGGGCCAAAAACGACCCGUUCAAAAAAGAGCCGUCGAAGAAAGAAGCAGAGGACAAAGCAGGUUCCAGUAAAUCCGGUGACAAGCGCAGUUCCACAGGGACAAAGUGGACGAACAAAGCUCAGCCAUCGUACAAAAAAGAUGACAAGAAGUCAGAUAAACUCUCAGAGAAGGACAAAGAUUUAUCCAAGAAACAGGAAGCCAAGAGCACAAAGUCUGAGUCUGUGUCAUCCAACCUGGGACAAGAUUCAUCAAAGAAAGACGACAGAAAACACGGACGGACAAAGAGCCCAGGGAAGAUGAUGGGAAUGGAUCACACCAAAGGAGACAACAACUUUGGCAAAAUGAGACCUUUCAGAAGGGGAAGGUAUUUUGAUAAACCUUUUGUCAACAUGAACAUUCAGAGGCGGCCAAAGUGGUUGAUUCCUCCUGAAGAGUUUGAGAUGAUGAAGGACAAACAGCGACCUUUCAGUAACAAAGGAGAAGACAUGGAUAUCCUGCCGUUUGAGAAGAUGAAGGAGCAGCGGAUGAGAGAGCGGAUGGCUCGUCUGGAGCGAGUGCGCAGAGCUGUGGAGCUGCGCAGGCGACGUGAAAUCGCCGAACGAGAGCGACGGGAGCGCGAGCGUGUGCGUCUGCUGCGGGAGCGUGAAGAGCGGGAGAACCUGCUCCGAGAGCGGCAGAGACUGGAGAUGGAGAGACAGAAACUGGAGAGGGAGCGUCUGGAGAGAGAGAGGCUGGAGAGAGAGAGAGUCCGUAUAGAGCAGGAGCGGCGUAAAGAGGCCGAGCGGAUGGCUCGUGAACGUGAGGAGCUGAGGAGGCAGCAGGAGCAGCUCCGCUACGAACAGGAGAAGAGAAACAACCUGAAGAGAGGCCGCGAGGUGGAGCACAGUCGCAGAGACGAUCCCUACUGGAAUGGAAACAAGAAGAUGCAGUCGGAGUCUGACGUCCGUUUGAACCAAGGCUCCAGCUACAACCGGCAGCAGAACCGCUUCUCAAACUUCAACCCUCGAGACAGAGGGCGUUUCCCUGAGGCUGCAGCCGAGCAGCCCAACACCUACGACAGACGGAACAGGUUUGACGGAGAGCCUGAGGUGAAGAAAACCCGCCCCGCUCCUCACAGAGAAGGCUCCAGCUUCGAGCGCUACCCCAAGACCUUUGAGACGGUGCGCAGAGCCGAACCCCCUCCUCCUCCUCGAGCCGAACUCCGCGACACCGACCGCAGGGACAGAGACGAGAGACGACCGGUGCCCAUGCACGAUCGGCCGAUGGGAGCCAGAGCGGCGAUGCCCGGCAUGUCACACAACCGCUCACCCAGAGACGGAGGCCAUGGGUGGAAGAAUGAUGGAGGGAUGAACUCCAACAAGGGAGAGAUGAGAGGACCGAUGCGUAUGCGUCCUGAACGGUCGGGCAGAGAAGGUCCAGGUCCCGCACUCAGAGGAGGAUCCUCGGCCAGCCGUGGACGGAGCAGCUUCAACGACCGAGACGGAGGAAGACCCAUGGUGAUGAGUGAUCAGCCGUUCAGUUCAGGUCGUCAGGUGGUGGUGGAGCGUCACAGCAGGGAGCCGGGGCUCAGGAAGGAGUGGCAUGGCGGGUCGAGCUCCCAGGGUGGAGGCUUCCCUGAUAACCGCAGGAUGGGAGAUGCCCGUGGCAGCAUGAUGGCUCCCUCCAGCCACUCUUCAUCUGGAAUGAACCGGAUUGUUCAGAUCACCAGCAACUCCAUUCCCAGCGGCGCCAACGUGGGUGGAUUCAAACCCUUCAAAGGAACGCAGCGGCAGUUCUGACCAGAGCCUGCUGCUCUGAAAAGCACCUGAACAUUUACUGAACUUUCUUUUUAGAGUAUCAGCUGUUUUAGUUGGCACGUUUGUAGCCAUGAGGUUGAUGACACUAUUUUAUUUGUAUAGACCAGUGUUUACCUCAGUGUAGGGUUCUCCUGACAGUUGUGCUGUUAUCAUUAAAUAACCCUGUGCACAUGUUUUACUGAUAUGUAGGAAGCUAUUGUACAGCCCCAGGUCUUUGUAAGUAAAGUUUUCCAGUCUCUCAGUGAGUGUAUGUACAUGUUCAGUUCUCCUGUGUCUUAUUUCAGUCUCUGAGAGGAAACUAAUCACAGUGGAGCUGUUUUAAAGUCAAACCUGAUGUGGAAAGAUGAGUUAGAUUUACUGAAACAUCAUCAAACUCUGAAACAGCCUGUGUUGUAGAGUCUGAUCCUGCAGGGCUCUCAGGACUGGACCCUGAUCACAUGUACAGUCUGAUUUAUUUCACUCAGAUUUCAUUAAUUUAACCCAGUGACAGGAGGUUCUGUGACUGUGCUACGGACAAUACAGACUCCAUUUCUGUUUCAGUUCUAUUUAUUUGUUCAUUUAAUUUAAAACCUGUUUUUUUUUUAUCCUUUUUAUAUUUGGACCAACACAGCCUGUCCAGAGCUGCCUCCUCACACUCACUUUACUUACACACCUGUUGUAAUUGAAGCUUGAUUAAACAGAACGACUCUGA